AUGUAGACACAAAAGAGGGGCAAUCAGGGGAAGUGGAGACCGCUGGGAGAACAAGACAGAAAUUUUUAAAAAAUGCCACCUGGACAGUCCUGUGACAAAACCAUGACGUCAGCGUUGCCAGCGUGGAACGAAGGCACGUCGCACGUCAGGUCCAGGAAGUAAACUCUCCGGUUCAGUCUGCAGGAAACUAAAAGAAGUCGGAGCAGUAAAUACGUGUCCAAUUCAACAUUUCAGCACGCAGCUCUCCAGACCGGACACUGCGGCGUGACAUAGCUACAGAUUUUCUGCAUCCGUUUGUCCGGGGUGCACAGCCGGCCAGCCUGUCAGCUGAGUAGUGAAGCGAGCACUCGCAUAUCAAAGAAUAUGGUGGACUCCACGUUGGAUCAAGUGGGAAAAAAUCUGAGUGAAGCCAUGAGGUUCCUGGGAGAGGAACAGAGAGAGCCGGAGGCAGCAACAGAGAGACAGCAUUUCAGCAGAAGCUGCAUCCCUGGACCCCUUCAGGGAGAUGGUCAGGAUGUUGCCACUGUACUGCGCCUGGUUCAUAACCUUAUUCAUGAAGAGGAGGAUGAAGAGGAUAAACCCAGUCAGAAGAUGCAGAAUGUGGGUGAACACGGUCAGAUGGCAUUGCUGGGUCACAGCCUGGCAGCCUACAUCUCAAUGAUGGACAAAGAACAACUGCGAAAGCUGACCACUCGGAUCCAGUCUGACACCACCCUGUGGCUCUGCAGGCUCUUCAGGUAUGAGAAUGGGUCUACCUGCUUUCAUGAGGAUGACAGGGAUGGCCUUGUAAAAGUGUGCCGGCUCGUUAUCAACGCUCGCUAUGAAGAAUAUGCCACUGAGGGUUAUGUGGUCCUAAACACCAGGCAGCCAGUCAUCUAUCAGAGUGCCUCCUGCAGGCCUGGUCUCGGACAGCAUCUGUGCAGCCAGCUUGGCCUGCCUCUCUCCAGUUUGUGCACAGUGCCAUGCAACACCCUCUUUGGAUCCCAACACCAAAUGGAUGUUGCCCUGUUGGAAAAACUCAUCAAAGAGGACAUAAAUGCAGGGAAGCUUCCUUUGUUGCUGAUUGCCAAUGCAGGUACCCCUGGAGCAGGGCACACAGACAAGUUAGGUCGACUGAAGGAACUGUGUGAUCAGUACAACAUGUGGCUUCAUGUAGAGGGGGUUAAUCUGGCAACCCUAGCACUGGGUCAGGUCACCUCUUCUAUCAUGGCAGCCACCAGAAGUGACAGUAUGACACUGACACCAGGUCCGUGGCUAGGACUGCCGGCUGUGACUGCCGUCACCCUCUACAGACAUGAAGACCCUGCACUGUCCCUGGCAGCAGGUUUAACUUCCAGCCACCCUGUGGAGAAGCUACGGGCACUGCCUCUCUGGCUGUCCCUACAGUACCUUGGUCACAAUGGAAUUGUUCAGAAGAUAAAACACGCUACUACUCUGAGCCAGCUGUUCCUUCAGAAAGUACAAUCUCUAACCUGUAUCAAAACAUUGGUUGAGGAUGAAUCAGACUCUCCUGUGGUGCUAUUCAAAUUUAACCAAGAAGAAAGUACUGCAUCCAGUGAGAGUUUCUGUGCUGGAGAAAAAGAGGUCCUUGAUGCCUUCAACAGAUGGCUGGGUGAAGAGCUGGCUGAACUUGUUCCCACCAGUGGAAUAGAUGUGGUGGAGCUUGAAGACGAGGCCACCUGCGUACGCUUCAGUCCCCUCCUGACAGCUGCAGUUCUGGGGACCCGGGAAGAGGAUGUUGAGUCCAUUGUGGAGAAAAUGACAGAGCUGGUAUUUGUAAUGAGCUCCACAAUGUCCCUCAGAGAAGACUUCAGAGAGGAAACACACAAACGUUCACCCUCACUCAGAUACAUAAACGAGUUCGCCUGGCCUGGACUGGGAGUUGUCCGGUAUGAGAUGCAGGCUAAUGGAAUGGAUGAGAACAGGAAGAAGCAGGAGCAGGAGAAAAUUAACACUGAGCUACUCAAGAAACUGCAAGACCUUGACACUGACAUCCUGUUUUCCACUGGCCCUGAGUUCGUGACAGAGCAGGGCUGCAUUUUUGUGGGAAUGGUGACAGAUGAUGUUGAUGUUUCAGACCUGGUGGAUACAAUAGCUGCCCUGGGCAGGGACAUAGAGGAGAACGGGAAGUUGCUGCAGAACAUGACAGAGGUGGUGAGGAAAGGCAUCCUGGAGGCAGAGCUGCAGCUGCAAAAGGCUAAUGAGGAGAAACUCGUGGAGGAGGGAAUGCUGAGACAGCUUCCUGUGGUUGGCUCUGUGUUAAACUGGUUCUCUCCGAUCCAAAGCUCCAUAAAGGGACGGACAUUCAGUCUUGCAGCAGGUUCUCUGGAUUCCACAGAAGUGACUUACUCCACCAAAGCCCAAGCUGACAGGCCAUCCCUGCAGGACACUCCCAUUUCUUCAUCAAAGAAACUGCCAGGUCAGAAGUUAUUUCGACGUGCAGGCGCGAGCACAGAUUUGACUGAAACCAGCUGCACACAGGCUGAGACAACAUUCCAGGAGGAAAAUCCUACUGGGAUCGGCAGCAGCAUCAACCCUCCGAUCUCUCCACCUACACCAGAGAUGCCACAUCACACCUCAGGCGAUUUGGUACCAGAGAAAAACCUGAAGUCGUCUUCUGAGAUCGAUGACUUGGAAGCCUCAGAAGAGAUGCACCCUGAAGGCCAAGAGGCAGAAGGGAGCACAAGAUAGGAUGACUGUUUCUGCAGGUUUUCUAACCAUCUUAGAGCAACCAGCCUAAAAGAUGCUUUAAAAAAAGUUACUGUGUAAAAUGUAAAUAAAAACAGAAUGC